AUGAACCCUGCAGAAGCGGCCGAGGAGGCGCCCAGCGACCCCGACACUGAUGCCUUCUACAAAACAGGGUCUUUGAGGACUGAAGGCAUCAAGGCGUCAGAUGUUCUUCCCGUGUUAAAGGAGAAAGUUGCCUUCGUGUCAGGUGGGCGAGAUAAGAGAGGAGGACCAAUCCUGACAUUUCCUGCCAGAAGCAACCACGACCGAAUAAAACAGGAGGACCUGAGGAGGCUGGUAACCUACCUGUCUACUGUUCCCAGUGAGGAUGUAUGUAAGCGUGGCUUCACUGUUAUCAUUGACAUGCGUGGCUCUAAGUGGGAGCUCAUCAAGCCUCUGCUGAAGACACUGCAGGAGUUUUUCCCAGCUGAGAUCUGCGUGGCACUCAUCAUCAAACCGGACAACUUCUGGCAGAAACAGAAAACCAACUUCGGCAGCGCAAAGUUCUCCUUUGAGACCAGCAUGGUGUCAGUAGAAGGUCUGGCCAAGCUGGUGGAUCCCUCCCAGCUGACGGACGACUUCGAAGGCUCGCUGGACUACAACCACGAGGAGUGGAUGGAGUUGAGAGUUUCUCUGGAGGAGUUCAUGUCCAACGCUGUUCACCUAUUAUCCAGACUAGAAGACCUGCAGGAGCUUCUAUCCAAGAAAGAGUUUCCCGCUGAUGUGGAGGGAUCUCGUCGGCUGAUAGAGGAGCACACGCAGCUGAAGAAGAAGGUACUGAAGGCUCCAGUGGAAGAGCUGGACCGGGAAGGCCAGAGGUUGCUGCAGUGUAUCCGAUCAAGUGAUGGUUUUUCAGGGAGAAACUGCAUCUCCGGUUCUGCUGACUUCCAGAGUCUGGUGCCCAAGGUGGCCAGUCUGCUGGAUAAGCUGCACUCUACUAGGCAACAUCUCCAUCAGACGUGGCAUGUGAGGAAGCUGAAGCUGGACCAGUGCUUUCAGCUCCGCCUCUUCGAACAGGACGCAGAGAAAAUGUUUGACUGGAUCAGCCACAACAAGGAAGUGUUCCUGCAAAGUCACACUGAGAUCGGCCGAGGUUACCAACACGCGGUGGAGCUGCAGACACAACACAACCACUUCGCCAUGAACUCCAUGAAUGCCUACGUAAACAUCAACAGGAUCAUGUCAGUGGCGAGCCGCCUGGCCGAGGCCGGUCACUACGCCUCCACACAGAUAAAGCAGAUCUCAGGUCAGCUGGACCAGGACUGGAAAAGCUUCGCCGCUGCACUCGACGAGCGUUCCACCAUCCUCGCCAUGUCAUCCGUUUUCCACCAGAAAGCUGAGCAGUUCUUGUCAGAGGUGGAUGCGUGGUGUAAAGUUUGCAGCGAGGGAGGGUUACCAUCGGAGAUGCAGGAGCUGGAGCUCGCCAUCCAUCGCCACCAGAGUCUGUACGAGCAGGUCACCCAGGCUUAUACUGAGGUGAGCCAGGAUGGUAAAGCCCUAUUGGACGUCCUCCAGAGGCCUCUGAGUCCUGGCAACUCUGAUUCGAUGACAGCCACUGCCAAUUACUCCAAAGCGGUUCACUGUAUCCUGGAUGUCGUUCACGAAGUUCUUCACCAUCAAAGGCGCUUAGAGAACAUUUGGCAGCACCGAAAGGUCCGACUACACCAGAGACUGCAGCUGUGUGUGUUCCAGCAAGAUGUCCAGCAGGUGAUGGACUGGAUAGAAAACCACGGCGAGGCUUUCCUCAGCAAACACACCGGCGUCGGGAAAUCCCUCCACAGAGCCCGAGCACUGCAGAAAAGACAUGACGACUUUGAAGACGUAGCUCAGAACACAUACACUAAUGCGGACAAGCUGCUAGAAGCGGCUGAGCAGCUGGCUCAGACCGGAGAGUGUGACCCCGAGGAAAUCUACAAGGCGGCUAGACACCUGGAGGUCCGAAUCCAGGACUUCGUCCGCCGUGUUGAACACAGGAAGCUGCUGCUUGACAUGUCUGUGUCCUUCCACACACACACCAAGGAGCUGUGGUCGUGGAUGGAGGAGCUGCAGAAGCAGCUGUUGGACGAUGUGUGCUGCGACUCCGUGGAUUCAGUUCAGACUCUCAUCCAGCAGUUUCAGCAGCAACAGACAGCCACACUGGAGGCAACGCUCAAUGUGAUUAAAGAAGGAGAGGAAUUAAUACAGCAGCUCAGAGAUGCAGCCAUGUCGACCAAUAAGACGCCACAUUGCAGUUCCAUCGCACACAUCCAGGGGGUGCUGCAGCAGCUGGACGAGGCUCAGGGCCAGAUGGAGGAGCUGUUCCACGAGCGCAAAAUCAAGCUGGACAUCUUUCUCCAGCUACGCAUCUUUGAGCAGUAUACCAUAGAGGUGACAGCGGAGCUAGACGCCUGGAACGAGGAUCUGUCUCGUCAGCUCAAUGACGCCAGCCGGUCAGGCGGCAGCAGUAGCAGCGGCAGCGGGGGAAGCGGCGCCUCAUCUGGCAGUGCAGAGGACAUCGGCCUGGCGGAGCAGAGGCUGAAAAGGCACGCAGAGAGGAAGGCAGCCAUGAACAACAUGACCUACGAAGUGAUGCAGCAGGGUCAAGAUCUGCACCAGUACAUCAUGGAGGUUCAGGCUUCAGGGAUCGAGCUGACAGGGGAGAAGGACAUGGACUUGGCCUCUCAGGUUCAGGAGCUACUGGAGUUCCUUCAUGAGAAACAGCAGGAGGUGGAGCUCAACGCGCAGCACACACACACUCGGCUGGAGCAAUGCCUGCAGCUACGCCACCUACAGGCCGAAGUUAAACAGGUGUUGGGUUGGAUUCGUAACGGUGAGUCCAUGUUGAAUGCCAGCAUGGUGAAUGCCAGCUCUCUGUCUGAGGCUGAGCAGCUGCAGAGGGAACAUGAACAGUUCCAGAUGGCUAUAGAGUCUCUCUUCCAUGCGAACUCUCUUCAGAAGACUCAUCAGAGUGCUCUGCAGGUCCAGCAAAAAGCAGAGAUGAUGCUACAGGCGGGUCACUAUGAUCCGGAGGCCAUUCGGAGCUGUGCAGAGAAAGUGGCAGUUCACUGGCAACAGCUGAUGUUAAAGAUGGAGGACCGCCUGAAGCUGGUCAAUGCCUCCGUGGCCUUCUACAAGACUUCUGAACAAGUGUGCAGUGUGCUAGAGAGCCUGGAGCAAGAGUACCGUCGGGAUGAGGACUGGUGCGGCAGUCACGAUAAACUGGGAACAUCGGCCGACACGGAACACCUUCUACCUCUGAUCAGUAAACACCUGGAGCAGAAAGAAGCCUUCCUCAAGGCUUGCACUCUGGCCCGAAGGAACGCUGAGGUCUUUCUCAAGUACAUCCACAGGAACAAUGUAAGCAUGCCUGGAGCCGCCGGUCACACCAGAGGACCCGAACAACAAGUCAAAGCUAUUCUGAAUGAGCUGCUGCAGAGAGAAAACAGAGUCCUCCACUUCUGGACGUUAAAGAAACGAAGGCUGGACCAAUGUCAGCAGUACCUGGUGUUCGAACGCAGUGCCAAACAGGCAUUGGAUUGGAUCCAGGAGACAGGUGAGGUUUACCUGGCCACACACACGUCACCUGGCGACAGCAGCGGGGAAACACAAGAGCUCCUCAAUGACUACCAUCACUUCAGACUCACUGCCAAGCAAACCAAGGAGAAGGUGAAGCUGCUAAUCCAGUUGGCGGACAACCUGGUGGAGAAAGGUCAUGCCCACGUGUCAGAGCUGAAGCGAUGGGUGAGCACUGUGGACCGCCGCUACCGUGACUUCUCCCUACGUAUGGGCAAAUACCAGGAGAGCCUGGAGAGGAGCCUCGGUGUCAGCUCGGAGGACAAUAAAGACUUAGAGCUGGACAUCAUCCCCGCCAGCCUGACGGACGACGCCGAGGUCAAACUGCGCGACCCUAACCACGAGGUCAACGAGGAAAAGAGGAAGUCAGCCAGGAAGAAAGAGUUCAUCAUGGCAGAGCUGCUGCAGACAGAGAAGACCUACGUCAGAGACCUGCAGGAGUGUUUAGAGACCUACCUAUGGGAGAUGAGCAGCGGCGUGGAGGAGAUCCCCCCAGGCAUCGCUAACAAGGAGCACAUCAUCUUCGGCAACAUGCAGGAGAUCUACGACUUCCACAGCAAUAUUUUCCUGAAGGAGCUGGUGAACUAUGAGCAGCUUCCAGAGGAUGUGGGCCACUGCUUUGUCACCUGGGCUGAUAAAUUCCAUAUAUAUGUGGAUUACUGUAAGAACAAACCAGACUCCAGUCAGCUGAUACUGGAACAUGCCGGCAGCUUCUUUGACGACAUCCAGCAGAGACGUGGGCUGGCCAACUCCAUCUCCUCUUACCUCAUCAAACCAGUCCAGAGGAUCACUAAGUACCAGCUACUGCUUAAGGAGUUACUGUCUUGUUGUGAGGAGGGUAAAGGGGAGAUUAAAGAUGGUUUGGAGGUGAUGCUCGGUGUUCCUAAGAGAGCUAAUGAUGCCAUGCAUCUCGCCAUGUUGGAGGGCUUUGAGGAGAACCUGGAGGUGCAGGGUGAGCUGAUCCUGCAAGAUAGUUUCCAGGUUUGGGAUCCCCGCUCUCUGAUCAGGAAGGGGCGGGACCGACACCUCUUCCUGUUUGAGUUCUCUCUGGUCUUCAGCAAGGAGAUCAAAGACUCAGCGGGCAGAACCAAGUACCAGUACAAGAACAAACUACUGACGUCAGAAUUGGGGGUGACCGAGCACAUUGAAGGCGACCCAUGUAAAUUUGCUCUGUGGGCAGGAAGAACCCCAUCCUCUGAUAAUAAAACGGUGCUAAAAGCAUCCAGUAUGGAAGCUAAACAAGAGUGGAUUAAGAACAUCAGGGAGGUGAUCCAGGAGAGAAUGACUCACCUGAAGGGGGCGCUCAAGGAGCCUGUUCAUCUGCCUAAAACACCAGCAAUGACCAAACCCAGAAAUAACACUAAGAGGGAGGGAGGUGAAGACGGAGACAGUCAGGGAGACGGCAGCAGCCAACCAGAUACCAUCUCCAUCGCCUCCAGGACUUCCCAGAACACUGUGGACAGCGACAAACUCUCUGGUGGUUGUGAGUUGACGGUCGUCCUUCAGGACUUCACAGCAGGAUGCAGCACAGAGAUGUCUGUCAGCACUGGCCAGACGGUGGAGCUGUUGGAGAGGCCGAGUGAGCGGCCCGGUUGGUGUCUGGUCCGAACGACUGACCGCAGCCCACCGCAGGAGGGGCUUGUUCCCAGCUCCACGCUAUGUGUAUCCCAUUCACGCUCCAGUGUGGAGAUGGACUGCUUCUUCAGCUCGGGUAAAGAAAACUAUCCUGUCAGUGGCUCCGAUGGGAAGACAGAGUCAGUGGCCAACCUUCAGCCACAGUCUUCCCUCAGCUCGCUGCCGUCUAGCUCGCCCGGUCCCAAACGUUCCGGAAACACUCUGAGAAAAUGGCUGACCAGUCCAGUCCGCCGCCUCAGCCAUGGCAGCUCUGUGAAGAAACUCCCCAAUAACAAACAGAAGAAGACAGGACCAGGAACAGGAAGGGAGGAGAGCAGAAAGAGUAUUGACCUGGGACAGCCUGACCUUGCCCUGCAGGAUGACAUCAUCGAUGAGAGAGUCAUCAGUAAAGACGGUAAUCUCCUUUCCAAGACGUCGUCCGGGAUGCAGAGCGGUGGGGAGGAGGAGCAGGACGAGGAGGCCCACACCCCUCUGCCUCCCCCCAUGGAGAUUAUCAAAGACCCCUCAGCUCAGGAUGAAAAGUCUUCAUCCUUGCUAACAUCCCUCCAGUCGUCCUCUGAGGUGCCCAGCGCUGCAGAGCUGGUUAGCGCCAUAGAAAAACUGGUUAAAACCAAGAUGACUCUGGAACCAGGAGCGUACCCCGGCUUCUCGUCUCUCUCUCCACCAGAACAAACCACUCCGGUCCAGCCACGAAACCCUGAGUUGGAACAGAGAGCCAAAGCUAUGAGAGGGCGGAUGUUUGUUCUGAAUGAGCUCAUCCAGACAGAGAAGGACUACGUUAAAGACCUGGGCAUCGUGGUGGAGGGCUUCAUGAAGAGGAUCGAGGAUAAGGGUGUCCCAGACGACAUGAAAGGAAAAGACAAAAUCGUCUUCGGGAACAUCCACCAGAUCUACGACUGGCACAGAGAUUUCUUUGUAGGAGAGCUGGAGAAAUGUCUGGAAGACCACGAACACCUUCCUGAGCUCUUCAUCAAACAUGAGAGAAGACUACACAUGUACGUGGUUUAUUGUCAGAAUAAACCCAAGUCAGAAUUCAUCGUAGCUGAAUAUGACACAUUUUUUGAUGCAAUCCAGCUGGACAUCCAGUCUAGGUUGGGCAUCAGUGACUUCCUCAUCAAACCAAUCCAGAGAAUCACCAAAUACCAGCUGCUACUGAAGGAUUUCCUGAAGUACAGCUCCAAGGCAGGAAUGGACUGUGAACAAAUUGAGAAAGCAGUAGAUUUGAUGUCUCAGGUUCCUAAACUGUGUAAUGACAUGAUGAAUUUAGGUCGGCUGCAGGGAUAUGAGGGGAAACUGACCAGUCAGGGGAAACUAUUACAGCAGGAAACCUUCUUUGUGACGGAGCAGGACGCCGGCGUCCUGUCGCGCUCCAAAGAACGACGAGUUUUCCUCUUUGAGCAGAUCGUCAUCUUCAGUGAGCUGCUCAGGAAAGGAUCAUCUACCCCUGGGUACCAGUUCAAGAAGAGCAUCAAGGUCUCCUACCUUGGUCUGGAGGAGAGUGUGGACAAUGAUCCCUGUAAGUUUGUCUUGUCGUGUCGUGGCUCGUCGGAGCGUUUCACCCUGCAGGCCGCCAACGUCGACAUCAAGCAGGUCUGGGUCCGACACAUCCAGGAUGUCCUGGAUGCUCAAAGCAACUUCCUGUCCGCUCUCCAGUCUCCCAUCGAGUACCAGAAGGAGAAGGGCGGAGGAGGAGGAGGAGGAGGAGGAGGAGCUGGCAGCAGCUCCUCCCUGACUAGGGAGCGCUCCACCUCUGGAAACAGGCCUGCUAUGUCGUCCCACAGCCGGCCCUCCUCGGCAGUCGGGCUCGGAGAGAAGGAGACAGAGAGAGGGAGGACUCAGAUGAAAGUGUCUACCUCCAACGGUGGGUCGUCAUGCUUCGACUCCAGGGUGAGCGGCUGUAACGGCGUCUCCUCCACCAUGCUGGUCACUCAGGACUACUCAGCGCUUAAAGAGAACGAGAUCUGCGUCAGUCACGGGGAGAUCGUCCAAAUCCUGGCCACCAAUCAGCAGAACAUGUACCUUGUUUACCGGUCAGCCAACAGCCAAUCGCCCGCCGCUGAAGGCUGGGUACCGGGACACAUCCUGGGCCCGCUCAUAAAGUCCAUAAAAGACUCUUCUUCUACUUCCUCCUUCCCAACAGCGGUGGUGGCCGAUGCCAACAACAUCAAGAAGUCUUUGUCGUGGAACACACUGCGUGCCAGGAAGCGCGCUGAAGCCAAGGAGGUCUCCGUGGUGGGGGUCAGAGGUCAAGAGAAUGGCCUCCUCCGUAAGCCAAAAGAAAGCACGCCCGCUCCCCCGCUCACCUCCCCCGCCCCCGGGGCGAAGGGCAAAGACGUUCACACUUCAGAUGAGUCAGAUUGUGACGAUGACCUCGACCCAAAGACAGGCAUGGAGCUUCUCAACCCAAACUUCAUCCAGGAAGUGGCUCCAGAGUUCCUCGUCCCUCUGUCAGACGUGGUGUGUGCAUUCGGGGAGACGGUGGUUCUCUGCUGUAAAGUCUGUGGACGACCUAAACCCUCUGUCACUCUGAAGGGUCCCGACCAGAAUCCAGUGACCAGCAACAGCCGCUUCACCAUAGACAUCAGGGAUACAGGCGACAUCUUGCUGAAGAUCUGUAAUCUGAUGCCCCAGGAUACUGGUAUCUAUACCUGUGUUGCCGUUAACGACCAUGGCUCUGCCUCUUCCUCCGCCUCCAUUAAAGUGCAAGGCAUCCCAGCAGCCCCUGGGAGACCGGUGGCCCAAGAAGUGAGCAGCACAGCGGUGAUGAUCCACUGGCCACCUCCAGCUUCUUCUGCUCACUGUGCUGUCAGCAGCUACACUGUGGAAUACAGGCAGGAAGACUCGUUGCUAUGGCAGCAGGUGGCCAGCAGCAGGGAGGAGUGUGUUCAGAUUGACACUCUGAUUCCCGGUGGUCACUAUCAGUUCAGAGUGCGAGCCUCCAACCGCUGGGGGGUCGGCCCGCCAUCCGAACCCUCCAAUAUGGUUACACUGCCCAGCAGCAACUCUGGAUAUGAUGGAACGGGAAUCCAGUGGAAAGAAAACUUUGAAUCAACCUUCUCAGAGAUCUGUGAGAUUGGAAGGGGACGAUUUUCAGUGGUUAGAAAAUGUCUCAACAAGUCCACAAAGAAAGAGUUUGCAGUGAAGUUUGUGAGUAAGAAGAUGCAGAAGAAGGAACAGGUGGCUCAUGAGGCAGAUAUUCUCCAACAUGUGCAGAAUCACCAGCUGGUGGCGCUGUUGGACACUUAUGAAUCUCCCACGUCUCUGAUGCUGAUCCUGGAGCUCCUGGAGGACGGUCGUCUGCUCGACUACUUGGUCGCCCACGAUGAGCUGAUGGAGGAGAAAGUUGCGUUCUUCAUUAGAGAAACAUUAGAGGCUCUGCAGCACCUGCAUACCUGCAGAGUGGCACAUCUGGACCUAAAGCCUGAGAACAUCAUGGUCGACCUCCACUCUCCAACCCCAUGCAUUAAACUCAUUGACUUUGGUGAUGCCGUUCAGCUGUCUGCACACCGCCGCUACGUCCACCUGUUGCUCGGAAACCCAGAGUUUGCUGCUCCCGAGCUUAUCCGUGGUACACCGGUUUCUGUCGCAACAGACAUGUGGAGUGUCGGUGUGCUGGCUUACGUCAUGCUAAGUGGCGUUUCCCCGUUCCUGGAUGAAUCACCGGAAGAAACCUGCGUCAACAUCUGCCGUCUGGACUUCUGCUUCCCGGAUGAAUAUUUCAGCGAUGUGAGCCAGGCAGCGAGGGAUUUCGUGUCUUCGGUUCUCCAGCAGGAUCCCAGGAAGAGGCCAAGCGCUACUUCCUGUCUGCAGCACCCGUGGGUGGGUCGCGGGGGCGCUCAUGGCGGGGAGUACUCCAAGACGCCUCUGGACACAACUCGGUUGGCCACAUUCAUCGACAGAAGAAGACAGCUGCAUGACGUUCGGCCUAUCACUAAUAUCAAAGGGCUGGUGAGCAGCAGUAUGGGUAAUACACUGUGACGGACACAAACACUGAGUCUUUGAGCUCUCAACAACAAUCCAACUGUGACCACACGGGCACCCACUAUAACACUGUAUAUUUUAAGCUUUUCAUUAUCUUAUUUAUUAAUGUGUGAGUGGGACAAAGGAUUCAGCGCCUGAAUCCUGGCUGUGGUGCGAGAUUGACCCACUUGGCCUUUUUGUCACCUGUAGACCAAACCCAUAAGCAGAAAUAUCAGAAAUUCACAGCUGUACAAUAUUUAAUUGUUGACUAACAUUUCAUCUGGUCCGUGUUCCCAGAAACUGCCUAAUGGAGAACCCAAAGAAAUGAGCUCCUAGUAAAAAAAAAAACGACCAUGUAGAAAACACACUGUGAGCAGGCCUGAUUGCAUCACAUCUGUGUAUAUUUGUAACGUUUAUUUUUACAGUGACAGAUGAUAUAUUGGAGGUGACUGCCUUUUAAGUUUAUCCCAGAGUUGAUUUAAUCUUAGCUAGCCCCUUAUGCUGAAGGCUGUUUCAUGUUCACGUGAGGACACUCAAGCAGUUCUUGGAUUGGCCUGUAGGUGGCAUCAGUAGCCAACUGGCCAGCAGAAUAAGUCCUCCGACAGAUUUCUGCCUAUGCUCAGCCAGUGAGUUUGGCUAACAUAACUCAUUAUACUAAAACAGUAUGUGAGUUAGUGAGAAAGUCAGUCAUCCACAAACAGGGACAUUUUGCCUGACCAGUGAGUGACAUCACUCACAAAAAUGAUAAUACACUGUAAAAAAAGAAGAAAAAAAGAAAAAAAGUGCUAAUAAUGUGAUUAGUCAUCUGAUUUUGUGUAAGGAGCUCAAGUGGACUAUGAUCAGAGGUAUAUCUAGUUAGAGAAUGUAGACCUUUUUAAGGUUAGUUUAGUUCAUGUUCUCCUCCUGGGGUACUUAAUGAGCUCUGUCUUAAACCCUGGGACUGUCACUGUGUGCUACUAGACUGCCUGCCACUCAUUGUACUGUAGCUUCAGUGACACAGAAGGCCUUUAAGUAGGAAUAGUAAUGUAGGGGAACAGUGUGAUGGUCCAUUUAAAAAGAGAUAUCAAUAAUGUUCUAUUAAACUAUGGUGUGAAAAAUUGGCAUUUCACUUGAUAACGAGGAUAUUUGACUUAUUAUGAUGUUAGUCAUACAGUAAUUUGUUGAGGAGUGGAAGUAAGUCCAAACUGAAAUACCAUAAUUUCUCCUAAAAAAUAUCUUUUAUGGCGUGUAACAGACCACUUAUAUCACCACAGAGGGUAAAUGGGUUAUUACAGAUAAUGUCAAUAAGUCGAACACCACCUCCACCAACAUGGAACGUUUCCAAAUCUAAUUUUAACCCAUUGAUGAAGAACACAUGGAGUGAUGGAGUGGACCAGAUGCAGCAGCACUGAAACAUGUUUUUAAUUUAUUGAAUGUUAAUUUAUUUUAGGACUUAGCUUGAGAAUGAAUGACGAGCCAGACUGAGCUACAUGGUGUUGACAUCAAAUGGCCUAAAAUGACCUAAAUUGAACUGCUAGCUGAUGAAGAUGGACAGAAGUGAGCAACACAGAGUUUACUCUCUGGACUGAUCUGGACUGAACUGUGUUGGAACGAACUGUCACGAACACUCAGCUGGACAGUCAUAGCCAUUGACAUCACUACUUGGAUAAUGAAAAAGACACAUAGUAACCUUCUGGAGCAAACAAAUGACUGCUGGACUAACACAAGAAGCACCAUGGAGACUGAAAUCCUUUCCGAAGGACACAACUUAUCGUUUGUUCGUAUCAAUGUUUACAACUACUUUGUCCAAAAAAAAAAAUUGCUUAGCUAGUUUACAAAAAGAAGUAGAAUAAUCAGGGAAAACCUGCAUGUAAAAUCACCAGGGACGGUUUAGAAAUCAGGUUAGAAAUCUGUCUGUUUCUAGAACAAAAACCUGUGACAUUCGGUGUUAAGGUGAGAAAUGAACUCCACGCUGAAACGUUUCCAUUAGUGCAUUUGUCUACCAGCCUCUGUGGCGAGUAACCAGCCGUGGUGUUUGGCUUGCAUUCAUUUGGCGUGUAAAAUAGCUCAUGUGGCUGUUUGGUUGGUCUCUAGGGUUUAGAGGCCGCAAUGGAUGGCAGACAGAGGAGUCAGUUUCCUGUCCGGCUUAGUGUUUCUACUGAUGAAUGUAAUUUCUUGUCGAAUGUGUUCUGCCGUCACAAGUGCUGUCCUCUGCUUUCACCAAAUGCUUUCGCUUUCACAACGCUUCCUUCUGGCCAUUUUGCAUCCCUUUUAUUCUCCCCAGUAAGCAUUUAGUGUUUAUGGUAAGCAUUUACAACCUGGGAUGCAGAAUGGAGCAAAUGAAGUCACCCCUGCUGUUCUGUCAACAUGACAUCAUGUCAAGUCAAUUUUAUUUGUAGAGCCCAGUUUCACAAAUAACAAAUUUGCCUCAGGUGGCUUUACAGUCUGUACAGCAAUACAACAUCCCCUGUGCUCAAACCCUUGAUUUAAAUAAACGCUAACCGUUGCUGGUAAGUACAAUAUCCACACAAAACUAUAAGUGUAAUAGAUUUAUUGGUGCAAUUGAAAUGACAUCAGGUACCUCUGGGUGCUAUUUUCCUCUUCUCAUCAGGGACUCUGGAUCAGUGCUAACCACAGAGAAAUUUGGUCAAGACAUAUCGUUGUAGGUUUGGUAAAGAAACUUCCUAAAUACAGUUCUUUAAUGAAGAGAGCAGCCUACUAUGUAAUUACAUUGUGCAGCUUUGCUUUUAACAUGGUUUUAAUCCCGAUCAUACAAAGAACAGCUUUGUGCUUAAACUGUUCAAAUAAAUAUGAAUAGCACUUACACCUACUGAUAUUAUGUUUCAUCAUAUGAGCUGCUGAUGCUAAAAGUUGUUAGCAAGAUUGGUGAUGAAACAAUCAGACUAUUACCGUAGUUAAAAUAUGAUCUAGAAAUGAUUCAAUGAUGUAAAUGAGUAUUUAUUGCAGCAUAAUAUAUUGUCAGUAGUUGUUUCUUCUUAGUCCAAAGUGUUCAAUAUUAGAGGAGACAUAACAUGCACAUUUCCAGUUCCAUAUUUUUAGGCUCUACUAGAAUAUUUGCAUGAUUUACAGAAGUCUUUAUUUGUCUUGUACUGGCAGUUCAUGCAGCCCCUCAGUUGAGCCUCUGUCUGAAACAGGCCGUAUUAUCUCCUGUCUCGUUAAGGC